AUGGAACAAUCGGCGUUGCUACUAAUAGUGUUCACGGUGAUGGUUGCCGGUCAAACCAUAGAUAAUCCAAUGUUUCCUCUCGAGUACUGCGGCAACCGAACGGCUUGUUUUAACAUGACAUACAUGGAAAAACCGGACGAGUUUUGUAAACAGUUUACUGGCAAGGUGGAGGUUCCUUCGAAGCUGUGCGUAAACGGUAUGAUUUUGUGUGACGGCCCUAGCCAUUCUACGGGAUGCUUGUACUCGGUUAACCAGCUACGGAAUAAUUGUGAUUACGCAAAAGAUAACUGUUACGCAGAUCUAGUGCAAAGCGCAAUUGAUCCCGAUCCGGAAAAUCCCAUUUUUCCUGUCGCAGCAUGCGGUAACAGGACCGCUUGUUCGCAUGCCAAACAUGUGGAACGAACGGACGCCUUCUGUAAAGAUUACGCUGGAACGGUAGUGUUGCCGUCAAAGUUGUGCCUAAAUGCUAUGAUUUGGUGUGAAAACCGUAGACUCAGGGGGUCCUGCUAUUACUCACCAAACACAUUAUCCAAGAGCUGUAACUACGCACAAGAAAAAUGUUACAAAGAUUUAGUGCUACCAGAAACAACUACCGCGGGAUAUACUGAAACUCCUACUGAAUCUUUCACGGCUGAAGCAACCACCGUCGAGUACGACACAACUACUGGGGCGUGGUAUACAACUUCUUCCAAAGCUGCAGUGUCUGAUAGUACUACGGACGGGUGGUAUACAACUACUUCCGGUUCAGGAGAGUCUGGAGAAACCACUGUGGAGUAUGAUACAACCGAUGGUGAAGUCACGAAUCGUACAACAACCAACACGGAUGUGGAGACAACUACUACGCAACAAGCACCGUCCGCUGGUCCACGUGCUGGCGACCCUUGCACGUCUGCUGGUAAGCGGGCAGGCAACGCGGACGGUUGUCUUAAAUUCUUGGAAUGCACGGGAGAGGUCUACAGCGAACGUACCUGCAGUCCAGGUUACAUCUACUAUGAAGCAUUUAGCUUCUGUUUGCCUGGCAAUGGGAAAGAGUGUCAACUUUUCGGAUAA